GCAAGAAGCAGGCUUGCAGGAGAAGCUCUGCAAGACACCAGUGCAGCUGCUCGCCGGGGUUUGAGGCUACAGAGGCAGAGCUUGUUGCGGAUUAAAAUGAUUGCUACAACUCAACAAAACAUGACCACUGAGCUGGACCUGGGGAGUUCAGAUGGACCCCCGCGGAACUGGAAGGGUAUAGGAAUUGCAAUGGUGGUGAUUCUGGCUGUAAUGUCUCUGGUCAUUCUGUCUGUCAUCCUCCUCACACCUGAUGAAUCACACCUGUUACUCCGCUCCCAUCUCACCAUGGAGGACCUGGAGAGUGAAGAGUUCAAAGUUCAUGACCCCUCUGUAGCAUGGCUUAAUGAAAACGAAGUGGCUCUCCGCACCAGAGAGGGUCAUGUCCUGUCAUUCAGUCUCAGCAGCAACAUCACCACCACCCUGCUGGACAACAGCUCUCUGGAUCUAACCACCACUAAAUUCCAAGUGUCUGCAGACAAGAGGUUUGUCCUCUUGGCAUAUAACAUUCGGCCGGUGUUCUCUCAGUCCUUCACAGCCUCCUAUGCUAUCUACAAUGUGGCUAAUGGGGACCUGCAGGAGCUUAACCCUCCAGAGGAAAAGGCAGUGCUACAGUACGCUUCUUGGGGGCCACAGGGGAACCAGCUGGCCUAUGUGUUUGACGGAGAUAUUUACUACAAACCGAGCGUGACCAGCAAACCUCUACGUCUCACAUCCACCGACCAGGAGCAGAAUGUAGUUAAUGGUCUCUCAGACUGGACAUAUGAAGAGGAAGUGCUUUUGACUUACGUUGCUCAUUGGUGGUCUGUGGAUGGUGCUCGGCUGGCGUACCUCACCCUCAACAACUCAGCAACACCUGUGAUGGAGAUACCACACUUCUUAGGUGGUCUUUACCCCUCAAAUGUCCUCUUUCCUUACCCAAAGGCUGGUUCAAGUAUCCCAUCAGUCAGUCUGUUUGUGGUGAAUCUAUAUGGUCCAGCGCACACUCUGGAGAUGAUGCCUCCUGACUCUCUCAGAGCCAGAGACAGCUACAUCUCCAUGGUGACAUGGAUCAGCAGCACCCGCCUCGCGGUCCGUUGGCUGAAUCGUGCCCAGAACCAAUCAGUGCUCUGCGUGUGUGAGGCCACUACAGGGGCAUGCUCAGAGAAACACAAGAUGGCAAUGGAUAUAAUGCAAAACCAGAGGCAGGAUGUGCCAUUGUUUUCAUCUGACGGCCCUAUGUUUUAUACAAUACUGCCAGCAAAACAGGGUGCUAGUGGAGAGUUUCACCACAUUGCCAAUCUUUCCGCUCAGCCUGCCACCCCUUCUGUCCCUCCUCGCUUCUUGACAUCAGGGAACUGGGACGUCACCUCACUCUGCGCCCUCGACGAGAAGGCUGGAAAAAUCUACUUCCUGAGCACAGAGGAGUCAAGGCAGAGCAGACACCUUUACAGUGUGGAUUUGGAUGGAGUGUUUCAGCGCCAGUGCAUCUCCUGUAAUCUCCUCGAUGGGUGUCGGUAUUUUAAAGCCGAAUUCAGCCCAUCAAACCACUUCACCCUCUACUGUCUAGGUCCAGGAAUCCCUAAAGUGACAGUUCACAGCACAAAGGACCCCUACAGAUAUGUGGUCUUGGAGGAUAACAGCCCUCUGUCUAAAGCCCUGGAGGACAAAAGCCUCCCUGAGACACUAUUCAGAAUCAUCUCAGCAGAUAAUCAGGAACUGCACCUGAAACUAUCCCUACCUCAGGGUUAUGAAGCUAAUCUCCACCCUCUCCUCAUCAUUGUGGACAGUGCCCCGGGCAGUCAAUCUGUCACAGAGGAAUUUACCCUCGGCUGGCCUCAGGUCCUCUGUAGUGCACACAAUGUGGCCUUGGCCUGGGUGGACGGCAGGAGUGGCGUUGUCCGUGGACAAAAGACCACCGCUGUGGACCCACGCAAACUCGGCUCACUCAGAGUCAAAGAUCACCUGGGAGUUGUAGAGUGGUUAAUGCAGCUGCCUUUUAUUGAUGAUCGUCGCAUGGCCCUCUAUGGCAAGGCUUUUGGCGGCUAUUUAACUCUCAAGAUGUUAGCUGCAACAGAUAAACUCUUCCAGUGUGCAGCCACUGUGGCCCCAAUCACUGACUUCAGACUUUAUAGUGCUGCAUUCUCAGAGAGAUACUUGGGCUUUCCAGCAAAGGAGGAGCAUGCUUACUCGACUGCCUCUUUGCUGGGGGAGGUUAACAAACUGAAAGAUGAGAACUUUCUAAUUGUACAUGGUACUGCAGAUGCGAGGGUACACUUCCAGCACAGCGCUGAGCUCCUGAGCCGGCUGGUGAAAGUGGAAGCAAAUUACUCUCUGCAGCUGUACCCAGAUGAAGGCCACACCUUGAGGGAACCACGCAGCAUCCUCCACUUCCAGCGGACAGUGGUGAACUACCUCCAAAACUGCUUGAAGCACAGCACAUACCUAGAUGUUGUAGAGGAAGAAGAGGAGGAAGAUGACUAAACAUCUUUUUCAGCUUCCCUUCUUCUAGAAGGACUGUCUUAGAACUGUAUGCCAUCUUAUGCAUUACCUUGGGUCGGAUUACCAGGCACAAGAGCACAGGAGUGGGGACCAAACACAUCAGAUCACCUCCUAAAAAUUGAUUUACUGUAUACCUUGUUGCACACAAUUAUCUCUGCUGUUAUAUACUGUAUUUGAAGCCUUGUUUGUUUACAAAUUCAUAUGAGAUGAUGUGGACUAGUAGGCUACUGAUUCUGCCAAAAGUUUACAAAGAUGUUAGAACAUGCAUGUCAUAAUGGCUGCAUGAUGUGGAGUAGUUUACAAAGUAUUUUAUUUAUUUCCAGCCCAUCAGGGUGAAAUGUGCAGAAAUCUGCCAACAGCCAGAAACACACUUGAAGACUUUAAAAUCCUUACUGAUGCUUAACAUUUCACACCAAAUGACUGCAUAAAUUGACAGAUUAUUUCCACUCAGAAUUUGGAAUAAACUGGGAGCAUAUUCAGAUGCAUGCACAUUUCAUCUAAAAAUAAACAGUUCAGAGAGCUCUCAUGUAAGAUACCUGACUGACUCCCAAAUCCUGUGAUAGAAUGCAAAAUGUCACUGCACAGAUCUGAGUUAAAACUAGUCUUUACUGAAGUGUGUUCCUGACCUAAUUAAAGUUAGAUGAAGCAUAUUAAUCAUCUAAAUGUGCCAAAUAUAUCUGGUGGAUUUUAUCCACUUGAUUUACUAGAAUUACUUGCAUUGGUGUGACUGAGUAUGCAACUAUUCACAAGCUCAGAUUCAGGAAUGAUUGCAAGAAGAAACUAAUAAGUUUCAGUCUAUAUCAGGUCUGGUCUACAUACUGUAUUUGUAUGUAAGUAUAGUAUGUUUUGAUAAAUUAUUUCUUGUGUAUGGAAGAGUUAAGUUGUUUCUUUAGACAAACUAUUUAAUCAUUAUGUUCCAGUCCUCAAAGGUAGUGGGAUUAAACAUGAAAGUAACCAAACUGUACAGGUAAAGUGCAUGUAACUGUUUUAAACAUGAAUGCCCUUUAACCCAGACUACCAAUUACCUUUUCCAACAACCCUGUACAAUAAAGAUUGAACAUUUUGUUUUACA